CGUCAGGAGCUGUCCGCACCCCCGGUGCUGAACCAAGAUGGCCGGCGGCGGAGGCCGGGCCCCGGCGUGAGCUGAGCGCGGGCUGCAGCCCCGGCCAUGCCCCAGCCCAGGGACUGCUAAGCUCUGCCUGACGGAGCCGGCCCGCCGGCGACCCCGGAGACAUGUCUCUACUUUGCGUAGGAGUAAAAAAAGCCAAGUUUGAUGGUGCCCAAGAGAAAUUCAACACAUACGUGACCCUGAAGGUGCAAAAUGUCAAGAGCACGACCAUCGCAGUGCGGGGCAGCCAGCCCAGCUGGGAGCAGGAUUUCAUGUUUGAGAUUAACCGCCUGGAUUUGGGGCUGACGGUGGAGGUGUGGAACAAGGGUCUCAUCUGGGACACAAUGGUGGGCACCGUGUGGAUUCCCCUGCGGACCAUCCGCCAGUCCAAUGAAGAAGGCCCUGGAGAAUGGCUAACAUUGGACUCUCAAGUCAUCAUGGCAGACAGUGAGAUCUGCGGCACCAAGGACCCCACCUUCCACCGCAUCCUCCUUGACACCCGCUUCGAGCUGCCUUUAGACAUUCCUGAGGAGGAGGCGCGCUACUGGGCCAAGAAGCUAGAGCAGCUGAAUGCCAUGAGGGACCAGGAUGAGUAUUCAUUCCAAGAUGAACAAGACAAGCCUCUCCCUGUCCCCAGCAACCAGUGUUGCAACUGGAAUUAUUUUGGCUGGGGUGAGCAGCAGAAUGAUGACCCUGACAGUGCAGUGGACGAUCGUGACAGUGACUAUCGCAGUGAGACAAGCAACAGCAUCCCGCCACCCUAUUACACUACAUCCCAGCCCAAUGCCUCAGUCCACCAGUACUCUGUCCGCCCGCCACCCCUGGGUUCCCGGGAAUCCUACAGUGACUCCAUGCACAGUUAUGAGGAGUUCUCCGAGCCACGGGCCCUCAGCCCCACUGGCAGUAGCCGCUAUGCCUCCUCGGGAGAACUGAGCCAGGGCAGCUCGCAGCUGAGCGAGGACUUCGACCCCGACGAGCAGAGUCUGCAGGGCUCCGAGCUGGAGGACGAGCGGGACCGGGACUCGUACCACUCCUGCCACAGCUCAGUCAGCUACCACAAGGACUCGCCGCGCUGGGACCAGGACGAGGAGGAGCUGGACGAAGAACUGGACGAAGAGCUGGACGAGGAUCUGGAGGACUUCCUGGAGGAGGAGGAGGAGCUGCCCGAGGAUGAGGAGGAGCUGGAGGAGGAGGAAGAGGUGCCUGAUGACAUAGGUAGCUACACCCAGCGUGAAGAGGUGGCCGUGGCUGAGCCCAAGGACUUCAAGCGUGUCAGCCUCCCGCAGGCGGCAUCUGAGGAGGAGGAGAAGGCUCCGGCUGUACCUGCUGAGGCCCACGACGUGGCCAAGGCGGCCCCUGAACCAGCGGCACCGGAGGAGGUGCCCACAGCUGAGCGGGCACCUGAGCCGGAACCCCCCAAGUCCGAGGAGAGUUUCAGGCGACGAGAGGAUGAGGAAGGCCAGGAGGGUCAGGACUCCAUGUCCAGGGCCAAGGCCAACUGGCUUCGAGCCUUCAACAAAGUGCGGCUGCAGCUGCAGGAGGCCCGAGGAGAAGGAGAAAUGUCUAAAUCGCUGUGGUUCAAAGGCGGCCCUGGAGGUGGCCUCAUCAUCAUUGACAGCAUGCCAGACAUCCGCAAGAGGAAGCCCAUUCCACUCGUGAGCGACCUGGCCAUGUCCCUGGUCCAGUCCAGAAAAGCAGGCAUCACCUCAGCCUUGGCCUCCAGCACUUUGAACAACGAAGAGCUGAAAAACCACGUUUACAAGAAGACCCUGCAAGCCUUAAUCUAUCCCAUCUCCUGCACGACGCCGCACAACUUCGAGGUGUGGACGGCCACCACGCCCACCUACUGCUACGAGUGCGAGGGGCUGCUGUGGGGCAUCGCGCGGCAGGGCAUGCGCUGCACCGAGUGCGGGGUCAAGUGCCACGAGAAGUGCCAGGACCUGCUCAACGCAGAUUGCCUGCAGCGGGCUGCAGAAAAGAGCUCCAAGCACGGGGCGGAGGACCGCACGCAGAACAUCAUCAUGGUGCUCAAGGACCGCAUGAAGAUCCGGGAGCGCAACAAACCUGAGAUCUUCGAGCUCAUCCAGGAGAUCUUCGCCGUGACCAAGACCGCGCAUACACAGCAGAUGAAGGCGGUCAAGCAGAGCGUGCUGGACGGCACAUCCAAGUGGUCGGCCAAGAUCAGCAUCACUGUGGUCUGUGCCCAGGGUUUGCAGGCAAAGGACAAGACAGGAUCCAGCGACCCCUAUGUCACUGUCCAGGUUGGGAAGACCAAGAAACGGACAAAAACUAUCUAUGGGAACCUGAACCCUGUGUGGGAGGAGAACUUCCACUUUGAAUGUCACAACUCCUCAGACCGAAUCAAGGUGCGGGUCUGGGAUGAGGAUGAUGACAUCAAAUCCCGUGUGAAGCAGCGGUUUAAGAGGGAAUCUGAUGACUUCCUGGGACAGACGAUCAUCGAGGUGCGGACACUCAGCGGCGAGAUGGACGUGUGGUACAACCUGGACAAGCGGACUGACAAAUCCGCUGUAUCGGGUGCCAUCCGGCUACACAUCAGUGUGGAGAUCAAAGGGGAGGAAAAGGUGGCCCCCUACCAUGUCCAGUACACUUGUCUGCACGAGAACCUGUUCCACUUCGUGACAGACGUGCAGAACAAUGGGGUUGUGAAGAUCCCAGAUGCCAAGGGUGACGACGCCUGGAAGGUUUACUAUGAUGAGACAGCGCAGGAGAUUGUGGAUGAAUUUGCCAUGCGCUAUGGCGUCGAGUCCAUCUACCAAGCCAUGACCCACUUUGCCUGCCUCUCCUCCAAGUACAUGUGUCCUGGGGUGCCCGCCGUCAUGAGCACCCUGCUUGCCAACAUCAAUGCCUACUAUGCGCACACCACCGCCUCCACCAACGUGUCCGCCUCUGACCGCUUUGCUGCCUCCAACUUCGGGAAAGAGCGCUUUGUCAAGCUCCUGGACCAGCUGCACAACUCCCUGCGGAUUGACCUCUCCAUGUAUCGGAAUAACUUCCCAGCCAGCAGCCCAGAGAGACUCCAGGACCUCAAAUCCACUGUGGACCUUCUCACCAGCAUCACCUUCUUUCGGAUGAAGGUGCAAGAACUCCAGAGCCCACCCCGAGCCAGCCAGGUGGUGAAAGACUGUGUGAAAGCCUGCCUCAACUCUACUUAUGAAUACAUCUUCAACAACUGUCAUGAACUCUACAGUCGGGAGUACCAGACAGACCCGGCCAAGAAGGGAGAAGUUCCCCCAGAGGAACAGGGACCCAGCAUCAAGAACCUUGACUUUUGGUCCAAGCUGAUCACUCUCAUAGUGUCCAUCAUUGAGGAAGACAAAAAUUCCUACACUCCCUGCCUCAACCAGUUUCCCCAGGAGCUGAACGUGGGUAAAAUCAGUGCCGAAGUGAUGUGGAACCUGUUUGCCCAGGACAUGAAGUAUGCCAUGGAGGAGCAUGACAAGCAUCGCCUAUGCAAGAGCGCUGACUACAUGAACCUACACUUCAAGGUUAAGUGGCUGUACAAUGAGUAUGUGGCAGAGCUUCCUGCCUUCAAGGACCGCGUGCCUGAGUACCCUGCGUGGUUUGAGCCCUUUGUCAUCCAAUGGCUGGACGAGAAUGAGGAGGUGUCCCGGGAUUUCCUACAUGGGGCCCUGGAGCGAGACAAGAAGGAUGGGUUCCAGCAGACGUCAGAGCAUGCCCUAUUCUCCUGCUCCGUGGUGGAUGUCUUCUCCCAGCUCAACCAGAGCUUUGAGAUUAUCAAGAAACUCGAGUGUCCUGACCCCCAGAUUGUGGGGCACUAUAUGAGGCGCUUUGCCAAGACCAUCAGUAAUGUGCUUCUCCAGUACGCAGACAUCAUCUCCAAGGACUUCGCCUCCUACUGCUCCAAGGAGAAGGAGAAAGUGCCCUGCAUCCUCAUGAACAACACUCAGCAGCUCCGAGUGCAGCUAGAGAAGAUGUUCGAAGCCAUGGGAGGGAAGGAGCUGGAUGCCGAGGCCAGUGACAUCUUGAAGGAGCUCCAGGUGAAGCUCAACAAUGUCUUGGAUGAACUCAGCCGGGUGUUUGCUACCAGCUUCCAGCCACACAUUGAGGAGUGCGUAAAGCAGAUGGGUGACAUCCUCAGCCAGGUGAAGGGCACAGGCAAUGUGCCAGCCAGUGCCUGCAGCAGUGUGGCCCAGGAUGCUGACAAUGUGCUGCAACCCAUCAUGGACCUGCUGGACAGCAACCUGACUCUCUUUGCCAAAAUCUGUGAGAAGACAGUGCUGAAGCGGGUGCUAAAGGAGUUGUGGAAGUUGGUCAUGAACACCAUGGAGAAGACCAUCGUUCUGCCGCCCCUCACUGACCAGACGAUGAUCGGCACCCUCUUGAGAAAACAUGGCAAGGGAUUAGAAAAGGGCAGGGUGAAAUUGCCAAGCCACUCAGAUGGAACCCAGAUGAUCUUCAAUGCAGCCAAAGAGCUGGGUCAGCUGUCUAAACUCAAGGACCACAUGGUACGAGAAGAAGCCAAGAGCUUGACCCCAAAGCAGUGUGCAGUCGUCGAACUGGCCCUGGACACCAUCAAGCAAUACUUCCACGCAGGUGGCGUGGGCCUCAAGAAGACCUUUCUGGAAAAGAGCCCGGACCUGCAGUCCCUGCGCUACGCCCUGUCCCUCUACACGCAGGCCACUGACCUGCUCAUCAAGACCUUCGUGCAGACGCAGGCGGCCCAGGUCCAUGGUGGAAAAGGGACUAGGUUUACCCUUAGUGAAGACAUUUAUCCUGAGAAGGGCUCGGGUGUGGAAGACCCCGUGGGUGAAGUUUCAGUCCACGUUGAGCUCUUCACUCAUCCAGGAACCGGGGAACACAAGGUCACUGUGAAAGUCGUGGCUGCCAAUGACCUCAAGUGGCAGACUUCUGGCAUUUUCCGGCCAUUUAUCGAGGUCAACAUCAUUGGGCCCCAGCUCAGUGACAAGAAACGCAAGUUUGCAACCAAAUCCAAGAAUAACAGCUGGGCCCCCAAGUACAACGAGAGCUUCCAGUUCACGCUGAGCGCCGACGCGGGCCCGGAGUGCUACGAGCUGCAGGUGUGCGUCAAGGACUACUGCUUCGCGCGCGAGGACCGCACGGUGGGGCUGGCCGUGCUGCAGCUGCGGGAGCUGGCCCAGCGCGGGAGCGCCGCCUGCUGGCUGCCACUGGGCCGCCGCAUCCAUAUGGACGACACGGGCCUCACAGUGCUGCGCAUCCUGUCGCAGCGCAGCAACGACGAGGUGGCCAAGGAGUUCGUCAAGCUCAAGUCGGACACGCGCUCCGCCGAGGAGGGCGGCGCCGCGCCUGCGCCCUAGCGUGGGGCGCGCGGGCGGGCAGCGUUGCGCCUGCGCACGGGGCGGGGCGACGUCUGCGCUGGGGCCUCCCAGAGGGCUCUGCGGAGGGCUGGCUGUGCCUGCGCCCUUGACCUCGCUGCCCCCUCUGGGGAAUUGUGAACGGACGACGCCCCGCCCCCUCGAGAGGCCACGCCCUCGGGCGCGAUGAAGGAAGAAGCCACAUCCCCUACUAGAAGCCAAGUCCCCAGCGCCUAGGGGACCUUUGGAGCUGGGAUGGGAGGAAGUCCCGCCCCCUGUGGAGGAGGCCAGGUCCUGGGGCUCUGGUACGGGGAGGCCCUGCCUCCUGUCCCCUGGAAAAGCCAUAAGAUGGGUCCCCAACCCCUGGGGCCCAAGACCAAUUGCCAAGUAUGGAACUCUCAGCUCCCUCGAGGGGCGGGCCCUGGGCGAGGGGCGGGGCUUCCUGGAGCGCCCCCUGGGGUGGUCUAGGGGUUGGAGGCACUAGGAUGCAAGUUGGAGGGCCCAGGUUGGACCAGAGUGUCUUUUCAUGUUUGUGCAAAAAAUAAACGGGGAGGGAGGGUAGGAUGGGAUUUCAAAAGCACAUGCGCCCUCGGGCGCCCAAACCCUGGGGGCCAAGUGGAUGGCUGUGAAGCACCCGCGCUGCCCCCACUUCCCUAUGGGGGUUUGCCUCUCCUGUUCCCCCAAUAUACCCCAUCCUCAUAUCAUAGAGUUCAAUCCACCCAUUUAACAGAUGGCAAAACUGAGGCCCAGAGAGCUGCUUGAGGCUUUGCCGAAGGUCCCAGUGCCAUACCCUCUCCCCACUCCCUUUGGCCUGUGUGCCCCAUUUAAAGGUGGGCUGAGAUCGGAUGACCGACACAGCUCCCCAUUGCUGCUAACCCCUCCUCAGGGGACCUCCCCCAAUCCUUACAAGGGAUGGGGGUUCUGGGCCAAUCCUCCACUGCCCCCCCUCCCACGUCUGGCUGCCAAGUGAAACCCCUGCCCUCAGCCCUUUCCCCCUGGGACCCUGUGGGGCGGUUCC